AUGUUGUCGAGAGAAAACCUGUCGGUUAGUCUGGACUGUUCUGGAAAUGCACUAACGACGAUUCCGACAGAUUUGGCGACGAACGUAUGUGCCCCGAACCAGGAGAAAAGUGAAGUCAGCAGCAGCUGCACGGUCAGUGGAAGCGAUCUACACGGAAAAGAGGUCACCCUACAACAGCUCCUCAGGGCAACCCGCGAGAUCCAGUGGAUGAAAAAAACUGAUACCCGGCUCGCAAAAUCUCCAACCACCACUGCACAGUGGAGCUUGGAGCUAGAAGCUGCCGAUCUGCCACGAUCCGCCAUAAGCUUCUUCGUCGGUUGCAAAAAUACUAAGGCCACACGAAACGGAGGGAAUACAGAGGUGUCGGUGUGCAAGGUCCCGGUAAAUGUGGAAGCGAGAGCUUCUUCUGUGGGAGGCAAUAACGCCGUCACCUGCGCGUAUGGCAAGGAGAGCAACCCUCAGCCCUUACAGGUGGAGAUGUCAACAGAGAAGAACACCGAGACCAUCGACUGCGGGACGGACGGUUCUCUCCACCCUGCCACAUCUACAGCUGAGUACUGCGUCGCUGACAGUACAAACUUGGAGAGCUGCACGACGAAGGCGUUUGUAGAUAUUUUUCCUACAUUUGUUACCAGCUGGUGGACAACGGAGGCGAAGGGUAUUUCCGCUAAGCUGACAACUCCGGCGAAGGACUUUCCGGAAGCCGAACAGCAGUUCCGACCGGGCUGUGUCCCCAAACAGUCGGCACCGUCUCCAGAUACAAACGGAUUAGAAAGGCUUGGAGACGGAGACAGCGCUGAACAGACUGGCGCAACCACGUCUAGCUGCAACGUAAUUGUCACUCUUAAGACAUCAAACUCUACUUCGUUAGCAUCUUCAACAGCACAAAUGGCAGCUGUAGCCGGUGGUGCGGCCGCAUUGACAGGAUUCCUCGUGGGCUCCUUUUGUUGA